GAGGAGCGCCGGGAGAAGGACGCAGAACUCAGUCGUGCUGAGUUCCAUGAGGCCUGUCGUGAAGAACAGCAGGUGGUGGAGCAGUGGCUGAAGCGCAACAUGAGAGAUCUUCUGAAGUCGGCACAGUCCACCCCGAAGGAUCCUCAUGCGCCCCCAGAGCUCAUCAGGAAUAGCCAAACAUCUUUUCGAAGGGCAAGCAAAGAGGACUUGAGAGUGCUGAGUAUGCUCAUGGUGCUGAGCCAUUUCGAAGAAGGUGAAACAAACCUUCAGCGGCAUCCGCAAUUGCUGGAUCUCGUGAGGCAAAAUCGCUGGCUGGAGGAGGAUCCUGGAGCAAUGGAACUGAUUUGUCAAAUUCACAAUCUGCACAUGAAGAGCGAAGACAAAGGUCGACCGCCUGUUGCACCAGCCCAAGAAAACUGCGUCUUCAGGUUUCGGCACAUGUGCCUAAGCGCUGUCAACACGCUGGCAGCUUCCAAGAAAGCUGGCUGUCCGGGUGCCUCAGUAUACCGGAUCCUCGUCAUUUCAGUUUGUCAAUUCACAUUGUUUGCGAUUCAAAUUGCCAUGAGGCGAGAACUGCCGGUGGUGUUUGGAGUCAGUGCCUUGCUGUUCCACCUGCUAUGUCUACCAAAGUUCCAAAUGACCUUCCAGGCUAGACCUGGCCUCGACGCCUUUCCGGGCGCUGUGUCGUGGUUGGUUUAUCCUUGGGAAGCGCGCUUCGCCAGCACUUGUGGAAGGAUUCCAUCCUCAAUUAAAGAUGUGGUGCGCCAUGCUGGGCGAGAUGAAGAUCGUCGCGAGGUCCUCUUUGUGAGAAUUGGUGAUGAGCACAUGACGCAACGAGAUGCCCAAGUUCUCGCGCAGCAAACGUUGUGCGGCCUCGACAGUGUUGCGAAGUCCAUCGGCUGGACGAAGCCGCAUGUGAGGAAGAACAUGUUUCGAAUGAGCGUAGUAGUUGACUCUUCCCAGUUGAGCAUGGCAAAUUGGCUCACCUGCGCGAAAUGCAUGCUUUCGGUUAUCAAGGCGAUUCAACCCUUCGUGUCUCCCUUCUACGAUCGCAUGCCUGGACUGAUCUCUGUGGUGGAUCCACCCUUCGUUGUGAAAAAGGCCUGGUACAUGGUCCGACCAUGGUUGGGCCAGCCGACGCGCGAAGUGGUGCGUUUUGUGCAGACAGAGCCGUCGCAGCUGCCCGAACAGCCCAGGUCGUCGGAUGCCGACACUCAGAAGUUCUGGCUCUUGCACAACGCCUGA